AUGACGUCGGCUAUCGAAAUUUUUCAUCACGUGCAUCACUAUAUAAAUCGACGUGCGCGAGAAAAGGACGAUACGAUCCCAAUGUUACCAGAGGAAAGAAAUCCUAUUUUCUUCGUAUAUCCCAUUUGCAUGCUACUGAGCUUUGUUCUUAUAAUCCUCUGGCUUGUUAAAAAAAUAGUUACCGACAGGCCUAUGAUACCUCUCACAAUAUGCGUAGCAGGAGCUAUUCUGAUGCUUGUGACAGGAAUAAUGGAGAUGAAACAUGCCGAUACAUACAUCGAUGUUAUUGAAUUUACUGACGAAGAAAUACUGGAGCAUCCUAUCUUUAUUCACAACUUUGUAAUGUGCACAUUGUCGAUAUUCGUUAUGAUUCUGUACCUAAUUCAAGCGUGGGUUCUUUUCGACCAAUGGCAGUGGAUUCGAAAGGAACAAGAUACAAGUAUAUCAGAGCGAAGUUCUGAGUCUAGUAUAGAUACCGACGAAAGUGAUUAUUCUACAGAAAAAAAGAUCGAACAUGAUGCUAGAAAGCAGAUUGGUGAACUGCUACCAAUUCCUGCUUUGGAAGAAUUGAUCGCCUUCACUACGAUCUCCGAUAAAGAUGAUAUGGAUGACGAACCGAUACUUUAUUGCUGUUUCGUCGACUGGUACAAUUAUGUUAAAAUGAAAAUGGAAAGCAAACCAAAACAUGAGUUUCAAGUAAUCCAUGUCAUGUGA